AUGAAUACACAACCAAUACUCAAGGCUUUUUACAAUGACACCGCGAUCGAGGACUGGGUGUGCAUUAAUAUGGUAGAAUAUUAUCAUGCGAAAUCGGGGCAAAAAAAUCUGAUUAAGAUAAUGGAUCAUAUAAAAAAGGACCUUCAGAAAGUAGCAGAUGAUGAUUCUGAAUUUGAGAUGACGCGCAAAAGAAAAGCUCGGGAAAUCCUUGACGAUUGGAAGAAAUGGUCUAAACAGAAGAAAAACCUGAAGCGUUCCAAUGGCGUGAAUAUUGGGAGUUUGCAAGUAAAAAAGAUCAAGCAGUUCGCUGGAAAUCACGCGAACCAAAUCAUGGGUAAUAAUAUAACUUUAGGAACAAAUAAGGAUGAUCACGAAGAGUUACGGAAAACUCCCGAUCAUAAAAUAUAUUCAGAUUCCUUCGUUCCCCCAACCACAAGAAGUGAAAGUGACGAUAAAGAAACUGACAGUGAUGACUUUAGCCCGGAUAAGCGAAACCCUAAGAAUUUUACGUUCGAUGAAUUUGUAGAUGGGAACGAUGAAUAUGUGGAUGAUGAUCAAGAGAGUCUUUUUCUAGAUGAGUUUUUUUUGGAUGAUUCGGUUGCGCUUGAUGAAAAUGAUGAUGGCAAUCCCUAUAUGUUUCAAGAUAAGAAUAUAUCUGCGCUAUUCGCAUCAUAUCGUUUAAAUGCACAGCAAAUGGCACGGGAAUCGGGUUUAUCUAUCGAGACAAAUUACCAUGAGAUAUUGAGCUUAUCUCAUAUUUUAUUAUUACAAGCUGAUAACUUCUCGGAUCUGCAGAUUGAACAAUUUUCCGGUGAUACUCUAGUAGAUUUUCGUAAACAUAUGCGCAAUACAUAUAUAAUUAAAAACAAAGUCGCACAAAGCGUAAAGGCGAUAUUUCGAGAAUGCAUUGAGAUUGCACUUGAUGAAGAUCUCGGGCCGAAAGAAGCAGAAAAAACUUUAGAACAAUUAUUCACAAAGUCUUUUGAUGAUCCCAUUGACCAGAAAAAGUUCGAAAGGAUGCGGUUUGUCUUUUUACAGCUAACGAAAAAUAUUCCUAUUAAGCCACUGAAAGACCUUCUCAGUGAGGGCACUCUGACUGUCAACAUCAUUAGUCCGGUAUUGCGUUCCUUCUUACAUGAUACUUCAAUACAUCCAGUCAUAUGGCCAAACACUGCCAGUAUGAGCGCAAAAGUCCGUAAACUUGCCAAUUUAGAUUCUUCACGAGCAAAGCAACCAGAUAUGAUCGGCAAUGUUGUAAAUAACAACAAAUCUAAAUACGAAAUGAUGUUUGGAGAGAUUACAGGAGAAGGAAAAAACAAUAACAUAAAGAAAAACAACAUGGAUCUUAUCAGACUAGGCAUUUUCAUGAAGGAUGCCCUUGAUAUUCUCAUUAAGAAGACAGGAAAGAAUCAUAUGACUUUCGCGUGGCAAACAAUUGUGACAGUAUGGACGGGCUAUAUAAUGGUUUUGACUGCUUCAGGACUCUAUAUUAUGUUCGAUAUUGGUGAGACUGAACUUCCCAAGUCCUUUCAAACCUGUGAACAAUUUAUUAAUGGCAUUGACAAUUUGUUCACAUUUGCUGAGAAAUAUGAGUAUGAAGUACAAAGAUUUCGUGACGAUAUUAGAAAAAAAAAAGAAGAUACACAUAGUUCUGCAGAAGUAACUAAUUGGUGUCGGACUACACUGGGAACACCACAGUUUAAGGAAUUAGGUAGAGUAAAGAAACUAGAAAAUUAUAUCAAGGAGAUUAAACAGAAACAAAUUACACCUAAUAUUUCAGAACUUCAUACUGAUAUAUCCGUGCCAAAAUCUCCUAUUCAUUCAGAAUUAUCAGCGAUUACCAAUCGAUCAUCCACAUUAUCAACUAUUGAAAACCAUCAUGAUAAAAAGAAUGCGCAGAUCACUGAAUCGAUUCCUAAGGAAUUAUCUAUUUCUCCUAAAAUAAAUUCUAACAAUACUACUGAAGAGACUAAGUCUCGAGUCUCCAAUUCAUCUUUGACUAUCUCUAGCCAUUCUGCAACUUCUUCCAGCAAUUCAGAAGAUAAAAUGGUUGAGGAAGUUAAAUCUUUACCAGAUACCAAGACCAAGUUAAGUAUAUCUACUGAAUCUCACGUUUUCGAUUCAUCUG